GCAGUUAGACUGGUGCAGCAUGCUGGCUGUUAGAGUACAAUCAUUCAUGCGUGAUAUGGAUAGGCGAAUGUGUUAGAGCUAUGAUCCAUGUGUGCUUCUAUUCAUGCAUUCCCAUCAAGAAGGCCAUGUGUCAGGUCUAUUCAGUACUCUGGUGUCUAGACGUCUGCAUUCUAUUGUUGUAUCACAUUACAUGGUCGAGUGUUGCCAUAGGGUCUUUCUAUACCAUGUAUGUGCGUGCACUGUUAUUAGCUAUUGCUAUCUUUUGUUAGGCCAGAGUUGGUUUUAGCCUAGUUGUGGAGAUGUUCAGGUUUUAGUUCUUGGAGAGUUGUGACUGUUUUCAGAUCAUGAGUCAGUGUAAACAUUGUGUCCUGGAGAUCUUUGUGUGUGGAUAAUCCCGGUUCCGGGGAGAAACGGAAUAUCUGGUCCUUCGAGCCGGAUCUGGAAAUAGUCAUCAUGGAAGGUGAAGAUAGGAGUACGCGCAGAAGUGCGCGGUCAACGAGAGGUGUAGCACCUCCCCGUUUGGGUUUUGAAGAAGAGCGCUCGAUGCGGAGUAGUAGGAGAUCGGGAGGAGGACAGUCCCGAUCUUCAUACGAGACUCAGCGUCGAGUUCUGGAAGCAGAAAAGAGGCUCCUGGAGAAGGAGCUUGAGCUCGUGAGGUUAGCUCAAGACGAAGCGUCGUCAAAUGGCCAAGGGGCCAAAGGAUCGUCCUCUCCCAAGAUGGCCUCCGAAGUCUUCGCAGAGGAGCUCAUAGAAGGCCAUGAAGCUGAUGCAGCCGUUGACGCUGGCCAAGGAGAUGAGGCUAGUAUGGGUGAAGUAGAAGUUGCGCACCUGCCAGAACAUGCAGUGGCUGUUUCUCACGAUCCAGAGCCGCACGCAGUGCCGAGUCCCAGUGUAGCCGGAACUGUCAGUGCCCACACAAGCAGGAGUUUGCCUGUGGCGGUGAGGACUGAGUCUGAGGUCGCACGUGCGUCGACGAAUACGGAGCAGGCCAAUCUGUCAGGGUUGCGAGUGCAACAAGAGUUUGUGCUGAAAGAGAAGCGCUAUCAGCGGGAACUGAGCGAAGCUCAAUCAAUAGCGGACGCCGAGCAGCGACGUGUAGCGAAAUUGAACAAGGAUCUUGCGAGCGCUCGUGCAGACCUGUCAUCGCUGCAGGCGGAAAAUAGGCGAGUCACGCAGGAAAAAGAGGUGUGCGAAGCUGAGCGGGAUGUAUUGGAAAGGGAACUGCGCGAGCUGCAGCCGCAUCUCGAGCGCCUGGAAAGAGAACACCAGGAGGGGCGCAUGUGUUUGGAAGAUCUCCGCGAUCAGAAUGACCGCUUGCUGACGCGAGCCGAGCAGGUUUCAGCAGAGCAACACGCGCAGCGAGCUGAACUGCUCGACAAGCUCGAACGCCUUCGCGCGGAGAACGCCAGCCUGCAACAGCGGGCGGAUCGAGGCGGAGGCCGAGGGUCGGAUGAGCAGCGAACACAGCGAGCGGAGUUGCUAGUUCAGCUGGACCAGCUUCGCGGAGAAAAUGAUCGCCUGCGGAGGCGUGCGGACCACGACCAGUACACCGCACAGUGUUCUAGUGAGCAGCAACAGGAGCUACGCAGUCGGAUUCAGAGCGAUCAAGAGCCGGAGGAGAUAGUGAAGACGCACCAAGCAGCUGGUUCCACGGUCAAAGGCCUUCAGCAGGAUGGACGUGGGCAAGCAGAUGAGGGUCUGCAAAGCCAGCUAUCAAGGCUCACCGCGCGACAAGCCAAGAUCAACACCGACUUGCCAGCGUUCUCGGGUGCAGCAGAAGAGUGGCCAGCAUUCCACCACAUGUUUCAGUCUACGACCAAGCAAUGUGGCUUCACGGAGGCUGAAAACAUUCAGAGAUUGCGGGUCUGCCUAAAAGGUCCUGCAAAAGAGGCAGUAAGAAUGCUCCUCAUCGUGCCAGAGAACCUGCCGAAAGUUCUCUCAACGCUGGAAAGGAGGUUCGGGCGGCCAGAACUAGUAGUCACGGAGCUCGUAUCGAAGGCGAAAUCAGCUAAGCCGGUACGCAGUGACGAUGUAGAGACCUUGGUGUCGUACAGCACCUCGGUUAAGAAUGUAGUGUUAUGUAUGAAGCUGCUUGGUAGCUGUGGACAUAUGUCCAACCCUACCCUCCGACAGGAGCUAGUGAAUAAGCUGCCAGUUGCACUGAAGAUGCAGUGGGGCGAAUACUUGGCGGAGAAAAGGAUCCAGAUGGAUUCCCUCGACCUGGAGGUCUUCGCAGACUGGCUAGAAAAUCGAGCAGAGGCUGCGCUGAAUGUGGCCGGGCCGUUUGCCAAAGCGGCCCCUCGAGCAAGUAAUGCAACAGCUAUGCACACCACAGGUGGUCCAGCCAGCACAACUAAGCCAGUGUUGCAGUGCGCCAAGUGUGGUAAAGCGCACUCCCUCACCAGCUGUGAUGUCUUCCGCCAACUGUCAGUGAAGCAGCGGUGGGACUUCGUGCUUGGAACAUCGCUAUGUGUGUGCUGCUUCAAGACAGGCCACUGGAAGUCCGAAUGCAGAGGCAGUGGUUGCAACAAGUGCCGAGGCAGACACCACCCUGACCUCCACCAAGAGCGCGCACCUCCGGCCAACCAAGGCUCAACGAGCAGGAGCACAAAGCCACGAGAGAAUGUGGUUCCGCAACACAGCACGAAUACGUCGGUGGCAACCACGCAGAAGACCGCUUUUAUGGUAGUCCCUGUCGUGUUAUGCCAUCAGGACAAGACGGUGCGGGCCACAGCCAUGAUGGACAGCGGUUCUUCAACAACAUACCUGAAAGACAGUGUGGCAAACGACCUCGGGCUGCAGGGAACACCAACGGCAUUUACGGCGUCGGUUCUGGGGGGAAAGACAGUCUCAGGAAAGCACCGUCGCGUAAAAGUGACAAUGGCGUCGGAAGACGGCUCAUAUGAAACCCAGCUGGAAGCAUGGACGCAGCCAAUAGUUACAGCACCGAUGGAGAUGAUCGAGUGGAACUCGAGGAGACACAUGCACAAGCACCUCCAAGAGGUUACCUUCCCGCAGGUGACUGGGGACCAAGUCGACCUGCUGAUAGGACUCAACGUGCCAGAAGCGCACAGAGUACUGGAAGAGCUGGCAGGACAGCCGGGCGAGCCAGUUGCUCGAAAACUUCCCCUCGGAUGGGUAUGUUUCGGUCCCGUCAAGUCGCAAGCGGCAGAGUUCACAGAGACGUCCCUGCAUGCGAAUGUCAGCGACAGGAGCAACGCAGUUCUCGACGACCUCGUCGCAAAGUUCUGGGAGGUAGAGAGCGUUGGUUUGGUUCCUAAGGCUACGAAAACGGUCGCGGAGGAGGAAGCACAACGUAUGGUUGAAGGAAGCAUGAAAUUGAUGGAUGGCAGAGUGUCGACGGCCAUACCGUGGGUCAGCACCGAUAAGAAGCCAGAUCUCCCACCGAAUCGUGAAAUGGCUGAACAGCGACUGAGAAACCUGGAGAGGACUCUGAGGAAACGACCGGAAGUCUACCAGCAGUAUUCCGACGUCAUCAAGUCCCAUAUAGCCAAGGGCUACAUCCAUCCGUGCCAGGAGACAGACCAACAGUGGUUGCUUCCUCAUCUGGCGGUGGUACGAGCAGAUAAAACUACGACGAAAGUACGAGUGGUAUUCGAUGCCGCUGCCCGAUGCCAGGGCAAGUCACUCAACGACGAGAUGCACUCUGGACCGAAGUUGCAGAGAGAUCUGGUACACGUGCUGAUGAAGUUUUGCCUAGAGCCUAUAGCGCUAGUCGGCGAUAUUGCAGAGAUGUUUCUGCAGGUGGAAAUCGCUCCAGAAGAUCGCAAGUAUUUGCGCUUCCUGUGGCGCGACACACCGGAUGAGCCAGCCGCCAUGUAUGAGUUCUCUCGGUUGGUAUUUGGGCUGAAGGCAUCGCCAUACCUGGCAUGUCGGGCUCUGAAGGCAACGUCAGCAGAGCACGGCGCAUCCUUCAGCAAGUUGGCUCGGGAAGCAGUUGAUGAAGCGUUUUACGUUGAUGACCUGCUCGACUCACUACCGACUGUGGAGUCCGCCAUCAACACUCGACAGGAAGUCCAGAGUCUGCUCGGAAAGGCGUCUUUCCACGUCCGCAAAUGGAGGAGCAACAGUCAAGCCGUGCUAGAGUCUAUACCGGACGAGGACUUGGCCAAAGAGGCACUGCUAUGCAUCAGCAACGACAGUCAGCAAAUACCAGCGGUGGUGAAGACUCUCGGUGUGGUGUGGGACGCCAAGACAGACACCUUCAGCUAUACGCACCGUGCUCCUGAAGAACAACAGUGGACCAAGCGUCAAGUGCUGUCGAAGAUGGCGAGCAUCUUCGACCCUAGAGGCCACAUUGUGCCCUUUACCAUGCGGGCGCGGCUGAUGUUUCAGGAGCUUUGUGCAGCUGGGAUCGGGUGGGACGACCAGAUUCCGGCCGAGCUGAACGAGAAGUGGUACAGGUGGUUUGCCGAGCUGGAGCACCUCAGCAAGAUCAAGAUACAGAGAUGUCUCAAGGAAACGGAUCGCCCAGCCCAUGAGGCAUCACUGUCGGUACAUGUGUUCACCGACGCUUCGGCCCAUGCAACAGCGGCAGUGGGUUAUGUCCGAGCGGAGUACCCCGAUGGACAUGUGCGCAUCAGCAUUGCGCUUGCUAGAGCCAGAGCCACACCACUGAAGAAAGUCACGAUUCCGAAGCUGGAGCUCCGCGGUGCAGUGCUGGGUGUGCAAGUAAGUGCCGCCAUCAGUGAGGCCCUCCACAUCCCCAUGUCCGAACACAACUUCUGGACUGAUUCGAUGAACGUCGUACACUGGGUGAGGAGUCCGGCUAAGAACUUUACUUCAGACGUCGCUAAUCGAAUAGCGGCAAUACAGGAGUCGACAAAGCCGACGCAGUGGAGGCACGUGCCUGGAAAGAUCAACCCAGCAGACUUGCCAACUCGGGGGGUGAAGGCCGAGGAUCUACCCGGUAACGAGUGCUGGUGGCAAGGGCCUGCAUUUCUCCGCAACACCAAGGAGUCCUGGCCGCAGACUGAGUUGACCAACAAACCGCAGCUUCCGGGCCAGGUGAAGAAGACGAUCGAGCUGGCAUUCACAGCGGUAGAGCCGGACAAGGGUCGUCUUGAUGUUGAGAGGUACUCGCGUUGGACACGUCUGAUUCGCGUCACGAUCUGGUGCUGGUUAUGGAAGAUGGCAUAUCUCGUGGUCAUUGGCCGCUUGGAAGAGUGGUGGGAGUACAUCCGGGUCAGGAUGGCCUGGUGAGAGUUGUGGACGUACGGCUGAGCAACAAGAAGGUGAAGCGACGUGCCAUUCAGCGAUUAGUGCCAUUGACUGCAGACGGCGAAUGAGAAAGAGACAUAUUCAUUAUUGACUCGGUCAGAAUACUCUAGUACUGUGGUGUGAUUGGUCACUUUCAUAUGUUUAGUCUUUGCAUAUUUAGCUACACGUAUGUUUGUAGAGCACAUCGUUCAUCUUUUGUUCUUUUAGGCUCUGAGGGGGUUGCCUUUUUGGUUUCUUGUUUUGUUUCACCCUCGGAACUCCUCGUGUGAGAGGGGGAGAAUGUUGCAGUUAGACUGGUGCAGCAUGCUGGCUGUUAGAGUACAAUCAUUCAUGCGUGAUAUGGAUAGGCGAAUGUGUUAGAGCUAUGAUCCAUGUGUGCUUCUAUUCAUGCAUUCCCAUCAAGAAGGCCAUGUGUCAGGUCUAUUCAGUACUCUGGUGUCUAGACGUCUGCAUUCUAUUGUUGUAUCACAUUACAUGGUCGAGUGUUGCCAUAGGGUCUUUCUAUACCAUGUAUGUGCGUGCACUGUUAUUAGCUAUUGCUAUCUUUUGUUAGGCCAGAGUUGGUUUUAGCCUAGUUGUGGAGAUGUUCAGGUUUUAGUUCUUGGAGAGUUGUGACUGUUUUCAGAUCAUGAGUCAGUGUAAACAUUG